CUUUUCCCCUCACCUUUCCCGCCAUUUCCCCCCUUUCCCCCCCCGUGUUGAAGCGCCCCGGCCUCAUCCCGGAGCCAUUUUAGGGGCCGGAGGGUGUGUCGGGGUGACCCUUGAGGGGCUCCCACGAUUUCGUUGGUUUUUUUUCUGAUGGUUUCCCCGUUUCUGGGGGCUCCCCCGCCCCCGUUGCCCCCGCAGCGUGUCGAAGCAGCACGCCAUCAUGCCGGGGCAGUCCUACGGGCUGGAGGACGGCUCGUGCAGCUACAAGGACUUCAGCGGCUCGCGGAACAACCGCUUCUCCACGCCCGAGCAGGCGGCCAAGAACCGCAUCCAGCACCCGUCCAACGUGCUGCACUUCUUCAACGCGCCCCUCGACGUCACCGAGGAGAACUUCUAUGAGAUCUGUGAUGAGUUGGGGGUCAAACGUCCCUCCUCGGUCAAGGUCUUCUCAGGCAAGAGCGAGCGCAGCUCCUCGGGGCUGCUCGAGUGGGACUCCAAGAGCGACGCGCUGGAGACCCUCGGCUUCCUCAACCACUUCCAGAUGAAGAACCCCAACGGGCCGUACCCCUACACGCUCAAGCUCUGCUUCUCCACGGCGCAGCACGCCUCGUAACGGGACCCCCGACCCCCCCACCCCCUUUUUUAGAGCCGAGGGGCAGCCCUGCCCCCUCCUCGACCCCGACUCCCGGCUGUGUGUCCCUCCCCUCCCUCAAUUUUUAAGGAGAAGAGUCGGGGCCCGACGGGGUCCCUCUGUGACCCCCCCCCCCCCCAAAAAAAUAAACCUGUUUGGAAAACA